CCGGAAGCGGCGCGUUGGGUCAUGUCGGCCCAGGGCGACUGCGAGUUUCUGGUGCAGCGAGCCCGGGAGCUGGUGCCCCACGACCUGUGGGCAGCCAAGGCGUGGCUGAUCACGGCCCGCAGCCUCUACCCGGCCGACUUUAACAUCCAGUAUGAGAUGUACACGAUCGAGCGGAACGCGGAGCGCACGGCCACCGCGGGGAGGCUGCUCUACGACAUGUUUGUGAAUUUCCCAGACCAGCCGGUGGUGUGGCGAGAAAUCAGCAUUAUUACGUCAGCGCUAAGGAAUGACUCACAGGAUAAACAGACCCAAUUUUUAAGAAGUUUAUUUGAAACUCUUCCCGGUCGAGUCCAGUGUGAAAUGUUACUGAAGGUCACGGAGCAAUGCUUCAACACAUUGGAGCGAUCAGAGAUGCUGCUGCUGCUCCUGAGGCGCUUCCCUGAAACCGUGGUGCAACACGGGGUCGGCCUAGGGGAGGCACUCCUGGAGGCGGAAACCAUUGAAGAGCAAGAAUCUCCGGUUAAUUGCUUUAGAAAGUUGUUUGUUUGUGAUGUCCUUCCUCUCAUAAUCAACAACCACGAUGUUCGAUUGCCCGCCAAUUUGUUAUAUAAGUACUUGAACAAGGCAGCUGAGUUUUACAUCAAUUACGUCACUCGGUCGACUCAGGUAGAAAGUCAGCAUCAAGGUGCCCAAGAUGCAUCUGACUUGGUGUCGCCCAGCAAACGCAACUCUCAGAAGUACGUCAUAGAAGGGCUGACCGAAAAGUCAUCCCAGAUCGUGGACCCCUGGGAGAAGUUGUUUAAGAUUCUGAAUGUCGUCGGAGUGAGAUGCGAGUGGCAGAUGGACAAAGGAAGACGAAGCUAUAGUGAUAUCCUGCAUAGGAUGAAGGAUCUCUGCAGAUACAUGAACAACUUUGAUAACGAAGCGCACGCAAAAUACAAAAACCAAGUGGUCUAUUCCACCAUGCUGGUCUUCUUCAGGAACGCAUUCCAGUAUGUCAACAGCAUCCAGCCGUCUCUCUUCCAAGGUCCUAACGCCCCAAGCCAGGUCCCGCUGGUUCUUCUGGAAGAUGUCUCGAAUGUCUACGGCGACGUGGAGGUUGACCGCAGUAAACACAUACACAAGAAGAGGAAGCUAGCCGAGGGCCGAGAGAAGACCAUGCAGAGUUCGGACGAUGAGGACUGUUCCAGCAAAGGAAGGAACCGUCACAUUGUCGUCAACAAGGCGGAGCUUGCCAACUCCGUGGAAGUGCUGGAGAGCUUUAAACUGGCCAGGGAGAGCUGGGAGCUGCUCUACUCCCUGGAGUUCCUUGACAAAGAAUUCACAAGAAUUUGCUUGGCCUGGAAGACAGACACUUGGCUUUGGCUGAGAAUCUUCCUCACCGACAUGACCAUCUACCAGGGUCAGUAUAAAAAGGCCAUCGCCAGCCUGCACCACUUAGCGGCUCUCCAGGGAUCACUUUCGCAGCCCCAGAUCUCGGGCCAGGGCACCUUGGAGCAUCAGAGGGCACUCAUCCAGCUGGCCACCUGCCACUUUGCUCUGGGGGAGUGCAGGAUGACGUGUGAGAAAGUGCUGGAUUUGAUGUGCUACAUGGUGCUCCCCAUCCAGGACGGAGGCAAGCCGCAGGAGGAACCCUCAAAAGUGAAACCCAAGUUCAGAAAAGGUUCGGAUCUGAAGCUCCUGCCUUGUACCAGUAAAGCCAUUAUGCCGUACUGCCUGCACUUGAUGUUAGCCUGUUUUAAGCUUCGAGCGUUCACGGACAGCAGGGACGACAUGGCGCUGGGCCACGUGGUGGUCCUGCUUCAGCAGGAGUGGCCGCGGGGCGAGAGCCUCUUCCUGAAAGCUGUCAACAAGAUCUGCCAGCAGGGGAACUUCCAGUACGAGAACUUCUUCAAUUACGUCACAAAUAUUGACAUGCUCGAGGAAUUUGCCUACCUAAGGACUCAGGAAGGCGGGAAGAUUCAUCUGGAAUUGCUGCCCAACCAAGGCAUGCUCAUCAAGCACCACACGGUCACUCGGGGCAUCACCAAAGGCGUGAAGGAGGAUUUCCGGCUGGCCAUGGAGCGCCAGGUCUCCCGCUGUGGGGAGAACUUGAUGGUGGUGCUGCACAGGUUCUGCAUCAACGAGAAGAUCCUGCUCCUGCAGACUCUGACCUGACCGGAGGCCUGCCCGCCACCCAGCCCGCCGCCGCUCUGCGGUGAGAUUUGCUGCUGCCACUCUUGAAAAAAAGAACAUCCGGGUUCUAACGCUCGGGUGGCUUCAGAGUAGUUCCCACGAGCCUGAGACGCUAUUUCUAUUUUUAAGAGUUAUUUUUUUGUAAUUUUUGUAAAACAAAAGAAUCAACCUGUUUUGUAAAUAAAACCACUGU